AUGAAUCGCUCACGAUCUGGCUCCGCAACCUCCAGCACCGGCAAAGAGCUUCCGGCUGACAAUAUGGCCAUCCAGGUGCAAAUCAGCGGCGAAAAGACGAUCAAACUGAACGUGCGACCCGUUCACACUGUUUCCAACGUCCUGGAAUUCCUCUCUGCCUCUACCAAUCUACCAGCAGACGUUCAGCUCAUGCUGGAUGGGAAGCAUCUUGAACCCUCAACUACAGUGGGAGAGCUCAAGCUUCAAGAGUCAUCAACACUUAAGCUGUCUGCGCCGUCACGAAGUACCACACCUAUAGAUGCAUCACAACCUCAACCCCAAGCGCCAACAACGGAGAUGAGCACCGCUCAACCAUCACCGUCCACCCCAGCAUCAACAUCAUCAACACCCAUACCCUCGGGCGCGGCCACACCGACGAAGAGGAAGUCGAACAAGCCCCGGUGUUCUAAAGAUGGAUGUAAAGCACCGGCUCAACCAAUUGUGGGGGACUGCGGAUUUUGCCAGAAGCGCUUCUGCGGAAAGCACCGUAUGUUGGAGUCUCAUAACUGUGAAGGCCUCGAAGACGCUAGAAAAGCGGACAAGGACCGCAACGCGGCCAAAUUGGAAGGAGAGCGGACCGUGAUGCUUCGCGGCCUCUAG